CCUUGACUCGUUAGUACGAAAUCACGGUCUGAGAGGAGACUUUCCAAUAGUCUCUGUGGUAGAAAUGCUUGCUUUUGGGGAUUUCCGCGAGCUAUUUGGCAUUCACUGUCUCGUUGAGUGAGCGAUUCCUGUAGGGCCUUAUGGUAUCGUGCAGGGGUUGGCUCCUAGCUCAAGAUAGGUGUUGAGUAUACGAGCGAAAAGAAGAAGUCAAGAAGAGUAAGAGUUCAGUUAGUGACGGCAAUUUUAGACAACGCUCUGUUCUUGUCUCCUUUUUGGGGGGCCCAAGGAAUCCGUCAAUUACUGAAGAUGGAAGCUGAGCAUUCCAGAGGAAUCCAGCUGCUUUCUUUCGGAUUUCACCACUAGCCGAUUUCAACAAAGAAUGCAAUUGUGCUGCUAAAAAGGCCCCAGGACCGAGUGAGACAUGUGCAGAAGGCGUCUAAACCGUUCAGAAACCUGCCGUUUGCGGCUUUAGAUCACAACUCGUGGCAUUCUUUGCCCGGUAUUGGCCGGAACAGACAGGUGGGCAUAACCAUUGCAAGCCAUUUACCGCUGGAUACAGAAAAAGAAAGAAGAGGAAUAAAAUUAUUUGGCAGUCAAGAAAGUUAGGAUCGUCGCGAGAGGAACACACGGACAAGCUACGAUGCCCAGAAGUCAUGGCUCAUCGGGAAGCCCACCCCCCGAACGGCCACCCGGAGACAACGGGCCCCCAGGCCCAAGGCGUGUAUUUCGAGGCCUUGGGAUGUCAGAGGACGAGCACACACAUCGGGAGCAGCGCGAACUGCGAUUCCGAGCCCGAUUCGGGCCUACAAACCGAGGGGAUAAAGAUGGUAAGCCCGACGCAGCCACGGGGAGCAAGGAGCACGCAGAACAGGGAGACGAGGCGACGACAUCAGCAGACGCAGGCGGUGCGUCGGAGCGGAAGCCGUGGGAGACCCUGGUCGUCGGCGACCUGGGCGAGAACUUGAGCUACAUCGAGGAGAAAGACCGCGAGAUCGAGCAGCAGCGAUACAUCUUAGAGCACUACCGGAGAAGCGAUCCGGGCCAGGCGCCGCACCACGAGGCCAUCCUGGACCGGCUGCAGCGAGAGAGGGCGCAGAUGGCGGACGACGAAGAGAACAACAUGCCCGAGGACCAGCGCGAGGCGCGGCGCCGCGUCGGCGAGCGCCUGGAGGUGCUAGGGUGGGCGCUGGCGACGAGCCGGUGCGCGGCCGAGGCGGCCAACAUCCGCGCGGCGAUCGCCGGGUACGAGAGCGGCGCGAUCGCGUACUCGGACCGGUUCACGCUCGUCUACGCCGGCCGCGUCGUCGACACCUGCGCGUCGUACCGGGCCUUCUGCGCCGACCGCGCCGCGCGCCUCGACCGCUACCGCGCGCGCUACGGCCCCGGCUGGCUCUGGCAGGAGCCGCCGCUCGCCGGCCCCGCGUUCGGGUCCGCGUCCGCGCCCGGCGGCGCCCGAGCCGCCAAGGGCCUGUGCCUCGGCCGCGUCGCCGGCCCCCGCAACUACCACAUUGGCCACUACGCCGUGAACCUGCGGUUCACCGCCCACAGGGCGAUGGUGAUGCGGGGCCCGGCGGCGCCGGGCGGGGGGAAGGGGGGGAAGGGAGAGGAGGGCAGCGCGAGCGGGGGCGAGGGCCCGAGGCGGCUCCCGGAGGAGGAGGAGGGGGAGGCCGAGGCGAAGGAGACGUCGUGCCACCUCAAGACGCUGCUCGACUGCGGGGCGACGUUCCCGAUCCUGCCGGCACGGGACCUGGAGCGGCUCGCGAUCGACCCGGCGCGGUACGCGGCGCAGGGGGUGAUGCGGGUGCAGACGGUGACGAGCGACGUGGACUUCCGCUUCUACGAGAUGGCGGUGACGGUGUGCGGGGCGAACGGGGCGGCGCCGGUGGGCGCGGGGGCGCGCGCCGUCUGGCCCGACGAGCCGCGCGCGCUCGGCGGCUUCUUCCCCGUGCAGGUGACGCCGCCGUCGGCGUCGGUGCGCGGGCGCGGGCGGCCCGGGCCCACCUCCUACCUCGACCGCCUCAGCGGCAUGGUCCCCUUCGAGGCCUGCUACCUGUCCUCGACGCCGGCCGCCCACGAGCUCUGGCUCGGCGAGGACCGCCGCGACGUGCUCGGCGCCCGCCGCAUGCCGCCGCACCGCCGCUUCGACUCGGCCAAGACGCUGGAACCGGCGUGCCCGCCGGAGCUGGCGGCGCUGCGCGCGCGCGCGCGCACCCCGGACCAGGUCGUCUUCGUGCACGACCUCGGCCGCCGCGGCAGCGGCGACGACGACAACGACGACGACGGUAGAGGCCGUCGCGGUGGCCGGCGCCGCGCGCGGGGGCCCAUCUUCACCGACGUCGACUGGCCGCGCGCCCGCGGCAAGAGCGAGCUGGCGGUCGUGCUGAAGGGCCCGCGCGUGGAGGGGAGCACCCGCCGGCGCACCCUGACCGCGCAGAAAGCCAUUGUCGAGCCCCGCCAGGGCGGCUACCGCGAGGGGUCGAAGCCGCCGCUCGUCGGAGAGGACGACGGGGACGGGAGCGAGGAGGAAGCGGCGGUGACAGCGGGAGAAGAGGUGGACUGGAAUGACGAGGGGGAAGACGAAGACGAAGAGGACGACGAGCAGGAAGACGACUACGAGGGCGAGGACGAGGAGGAGAAUGACAACGAAAGCGUUGACGAUGACAACGAUAGUGAGGGGGACCAUGUGCCGAAAAAGCGCAGGGUCGAAUACGGGGGCCAGGACGAGGCGGCGACGGCCUGA